UACAGCUACAAAAAACUAAAUUAUAUCUUAAUAUAUAUACGUAUAUAAUAUACAAUAUUUAUACCAAGAGUAAAAGAAGGGUAAAAAAGAAAAACAAAAAUGCCACCAUCAUUGACAGCUGAGGUCGGCUGACAUAUCAGUUUGUUUUUACUCCGUCGUUCCGGUCCACUUCGGGGACAGUCGUUUUCUGUCAUUGUACCUCCAGUUGUGAAGCUCAAUGCGGAUUCUAUAACCUCAACAGUCUGUCUCACACGGCACCGCCCCACGCCGUGGUAUUAUGCCUUGAACCAAGCAACCCUGCACGGUGCGUCAGCGACACUCCCUCCUCCACCACCACCACGACCACCAGACAGGCCGGACGGGCGGAAAGGUUUCCCCGGAACUCUGCAGCCCUAUUCGGCUGCGAUCGUUUCUAAACACAGGUGGUCCAGGUCCAGUAUGGAGGAUUACGGAUGGAAAUACUGAUGACAGUCCGAAAGAUCGCCUCGAUUUGUACGAUGGGCGCCAAUGCCUCCGCUUUGGAGAAGGAGAUUGGACCGGAACAGUUUCCCGUAAAUGAACACUACUUCGGAUUGGUCAAUUUUGGAAACACCUGCUACUGUAACUCCGUCCUGCAGGCGUUGUAUUUCUGCCGGCCGUUCAGAGAGAAAGUUCUGGCAUAUAAGGUGCAGCCAAGGCGUAAGGAGUCUCUGCUCACCUGCCUGGCCGACCUCUUCAACAGCAUCGCCACGCAGAAGAAGAAGGUGGGGGUCAUCCCCCCCAAGAAGUUCAUCUCCCGUCUGAGGAAGGAGAAUGAGCUCUUUGAUAACUACAUGCAGCAGGAUGCCCACGAGUUCCUCAACUACCUCCUCAACACCAUCGCGGACCUCCUGCAGGAGGAGAAGACCCCUGAGCAGCAGGCCCACAACGGGAAGCUCCUCCACAACGGAGGAGCGGGAGGAGCGGGAGGGGAUGCGGGGGGAGACGUGGGGGGAGGCGGAGGUGGAGGGGGAGGAGGUGGAGGAGGGAGUAGUGGGGGGACGAAGGAGGCGCAGCGCACCUGGGUGCAUGAGAUCUUCCAGGGGACGUUGACCAACGAGACACGCUGCCUCAACUGUGAAGCGGUGAGCAGUAAAGACGAGGACUUCCUUGACCUGUCCGUCGACGUGGAGCAAAACACCUCUAUCACACACUGUCUCAGGGGCUUCAGCAACACAGAAACGUUAUGCAGUGAGUACAAGUACUACUGUGAACAGUGCCGCAGCAAACAGGAAGCACAGAAGAGGAUGAGGGUGAAGAAGCUGCCCAUGAUCCUGGCGCUGCACCUCAAGAGGUUCAAGUACAUGGACCAGCUGCACCGCUACACCAAGCUGUCCUACCGCGUGGUCUUCCCCCUGGAGCUGCGGCUCUUCAACACCUCGGGCGACGCCACCAACCCCGACCGCAUGUACGACCUGGUGGCCGUCGUGGUGCACUGCGGCAGCGGUCCCAACAGAGGUCACUACAUCACCAUCGUUAAAAGCCACGGCUUCUGGCUGUUGUUUGAUGACGACAUUGUGGAGAAAAUCGACGCCCAGGCCAUUGAGGAGUUCUACGGGCUGACGUCGGACAUUUCCAAGAACUCUGAAUCGGGUUACAUCCUGUUCUACCAGUCCAGAGACUGAACAACUCCGCCAAUGGAAGAGCCCCCAAACGGACUGUCAAUCAGCAGAAAGUGGGCGAUGCCUCCCCUCCCCCUCCCCCUCCCUACAGGCCCCGACUCCAACACGCCCAUAUUAGUGUUCAGGCCUUAUUUCCUGUUGCCGGAGCGUUGCACUGGACCGCCCCCUUUUUGGAAGAUAAACGAGGUUGUUGCGAGCCUCUUGUUUUUCAGUUUUUUUAAGCCUAUCCCAUCAUGCAUUGCGAGGUUCAACUGAAAUGGUUGGAUUGGCUUUGCAGUGCAUUUUGGCAUUGAGUCCUGAGAGGCUUGCAUGUGAUUGGUUGUGGUUGGAGAAUCGUGGUGGCCGGGGAUUGGUCGAAGCAUAUUAAACAAGUAGGAAAACAAGCCGGUUGGUCGGUGAGGUGAGCGAGUACGUUUUGGACACGGCAAUGCGAGUGGCUGUCUUCACGCACACAUCGUACGGUGCUUAACAUCGCUGAAAAAGAUCAAACGGUUUCUUUGACCCUCUUCACUGUGCGUAUAGUUAGCAUCUCAUUAGCGCUGUCUGUAGUCACCAUAAGGGCUUAAGUGUUUGUAUGUUUGCUUGCUUGCUUGCUUGCUUCUAUAUGGGAUGUAUAUCUUCACCACAAGCCCAGACUGAAAUAAAUAGUUAAUUUACUGAAACCGGAGAAGGAGAUGAGCUGGGACUGUUCACAACUCUUCAUCUAGUAAAACAGCACCAGUCGCUAUCACCUGCUAGCUAAAGUGUACAGCUAUAGCCGCUAGCUAGGAAUGCUCACUACAGCCCUCAGCUAAAGCCACUAACUAUAGCUGCUAGUGAUAGCCCCGAGCUACAGCCAGUCAGAACUUCAUUAGUCAACCAUUAUAAGUUUAGCCUAUUUAGUUAUUCUAGGUAAAGUCCCUCAUGGUCAUAUGCUGCUCUGAAAAAACACUAGCAAACAAAGUAGCUGAGACACGCAUUGUAUCCCACCAAAUGCUGACGAAUUGGCUUUUAUGGGUAUUCAUCACAAAUGAUGGGAAACCAACCCUUUGGUUCUGUUACGUAAACAGUGGGCACGACAGAGCUGUGGUUGGUGGCUUGGCUUAGCUGCUGCGGACAGUGCCUUUCCUUAUCGGUUGUUGGGUGGCCAUAACUGGUUUCACUGGUAAUACUUGUUGGCAGGGCAGAGUGGCUAAAAAUAAGGCAAGCUUUGAGUGGUCAAUUAUUCAGAAAUGUCCCUCGACAAUGCCCCAUGUUUCUGAUCUCCAGGCCAUUUAGCAGUUGGAAUACUUCCCCCUUCCCGUUCACAUCACAGCCAUCUCUGAAGGACGAACACGGGAACUAAUGGCCAAUACACCUUCCCUUAAUCCAUGGCAACGCUGAGCCAUUUAUAUAUUCGUCAAAACAACCAUGUACCAAUUGGUCAGAAUGUAAUUCCUCCCCUUCUUGUCUGUGGUUUAUCCUUACAUCUUCCACAUAUAGUUUGAUCCAAACUCCCCCCUGUUUCAGAAGCUAGCCAAACCUUCCCUCUAUUUAUUACUGCACUGGCCAGGAUCUUCAGCAAAACAAUUGACCUGCUGUGUACCGAAACCCUCCCCGUCAUAGAAGUGUAUUGUUCUUGCAUCGCAGCCUUUGCCAAUGGAGGCUCAAAGAAACGCUUAAGGCAUUUAACAUUUAGUAUGUUUGUCAUUAGACCACCACCUUUAUCAUCCUAGAGCUUUAUGAAGCUAAGCCAACUGGUUUUCUCGCUAGUAACAAAGUCUUCCACCCAUUAAUUGGUUCAUUUUCCAGGGGUCUGUGGUUCAAUCUAAGUUAGUGCUUUUAACGGAUACGAAGCGAUGGCAAACGGCUGGGGCAGUGACACCCACAGGUGAAGUGUGGCAUUGCACCUGGUAAUGCUACUUUCAGCCAUGCAAUUACAAUGUUUUACCAGAGGUGGAGCCGUUUCAGAUGUUUGAUGUCUAUGUUAUAUUGCCGUCCUCGUAGUCAGUCGCUUCAGCCCGCACGCUUCUUCUUUCCUGAUUUAUUAUUUUGCGUGGCAUGGAUUUUAAAGAUCAGUUGUGCUUCUGUGAUUAGAGGCUGGGGGUUUAUCCAGUGUUGGCCAGUGCCAAGUCACUCUGAGGUCCAUAGCUAGUUCAACAGUAGACCUAAAUACUGUUCUAUCACCACCUCUGCUUUGUUUGAAUGCACAAAGACACCAAAUAUUGUUUUUUAAAUGAUUGAUUGUUUUGUUUAUGUUGUUUACUCCGUGCUACACUGCCAGUAAGCUUAAUGUCCUCCCUGUUCAACUGGGUAUAUUUGAAAAAUAUAAAAUCUAGAUCAACCAUAUUGUGCUGACUAUACUUGACUUCCACUGGAUGUUGACAAACAAGUGCAACCUUUCACUCCCAAGUAACAACUAUUUUUUAACGAAAACAAUAGUCAAUAUACUAAUUCUCGUCAGUUUCUUAAAAUGCUCUACAGCUGCUAGUCCAUCUGCACACUGGAAGGAGUAUAUUCUUGAAUGUAGGUCUGUCUGCCGUUGAAAUGUACAGUCAAAUGUUAAAACAGAUCCACAGUUUGACCUGCGGCAUCAAGUAGGGGCGUCUGGUCAACCAGACGACCAGCGAAGGCUUAAUUUACACUAAUUCUCUAAUUGAGACUCAGCCGAGGACAUUGAGCCAAUCGGUAAUUUACGGCUGCGUCCCAACCGAACACGACUUUAAAUCGUACUAUCUCCGUCCGUAUCCGGUCCUAUUUUGAAGUCUGAACCUGAACUACCUAAUUAACAUUUCAUAAAAGUGUUGCUUUUAACAGAACAAUGUUCUUUGUUGAAAUAAGUUUUACAUUUAAGAAAAGUGAGGAGAUUUGGAAGGACGUUUAUGCAGCAUAUAGUCACGCAACGGGGAUUUUGAAGGCAGGUUAUGUCUCUAAAAAAUAAUGGCAUCCAUUUAUGCAUUUUGUUAUGUUGCUAUUCCAUGAAUGAGGAAAAAUAAGUACACUUUGAAUGACAACAUUCAACAUGCAAAUAAUAUUACACAGGGGUCCAUAGUUUCACUGCCCCUUACUCUACAAUAACCAUCAGUUAUCUCAUCUUUAUCAGCGUUCACCUGUAAACUGAAAUUAAAGGCGAUUUAAUUAGCAGUCGCUAAGCGAAUGUCAACACUAUAGGUUAUUUUUUUUGUAUUUAAAUCCAAUUAAUGUUAUUCUAAUCAUUGUUUUAUGUUGCAUUACUUUUGACUUGGUGUUAACGUUCCUUGUGUUAUACUUUACUAAUUACCAGUCUACCGUUGUUGAGUAGACGCCUCGCGAUAACCUGGUUUUUUUAUGAUUACCGUUUUACCGUUUCUAGUAUGAGAUGUUGAUGUGUACAUAAAUACAGAUGUUAUUAUUGGAUAUAUGAAUAUUUGCUUGCUUGAAAUAAUCCACAGCCCAGAAAAUUAUUUCUGAAAUGCUUUAUUUUAUUCCUUAACGGGCUGUCCCCGAAGACCAAUCACUAACUGGAAGCAGAAUGACCCCGCCCGCCUGGUGCUCCAAGUAUAACAAACCAAACCAACCAAAUGUCGUUGAGGCUGUACUGUAUAUUUGACCGGUCACUAAUGCCAAGGGUUACGAGGUUGUCCGGUUGAGGGGGGAAGGGGGGGGAUCUAAGCAAAUAAAAUGUUUAAUAAUUCA